GUUUCAAUAGUAAAUGGCCGAUAGUUAACUCAGUGUAACAAUACCUGCCAUGUAAGCGAGAGUGGUAAUCUAGCCGGGAACACACACAGUCACGACCGGUCGCCAACCCGUAUCAAAAGUCCAUCAGUCACCUUUAAAAGCCCUUUAUCCAAGGCCGUAUUUUACGUAUCCAAAGCAGACCCAUUGCCAUGUUGUUUCACAUAGUCGAACGCUGCCCAAACACCAACACGAUACUGAUCAAACAUAGAAAAUCGCCAUAAAUCAGUGUUCUGUCCUGUUGGCGGGAAACCCGAGCUUGUGGUGCCUUUCAUCGGAACUUACCCGAUCCUACCAACAUGUGAUGAGGCGUUUCUUCAACACCCAACCGACGUGCGAGCUGAAAACUACUGCGCAACACGAAGGUCUACGACCUCUUCGAAAACACUCCGGUCACAAAGGAACGACAAACAUACUUGGAAACCCGAGAAAAACCUGUGAUUCAAAGGCCUUGAAAAGAAGAGUAUAAAAAAUCAGCGACUGCAUUGACCGGAACAAACUGUACUGUCAGUCGUGUUAGCUGAAGUUGGGCAAAACAUCACCAAAUCAUCUGCCAUUUCUUCCACACAAAAAGAUAAUCUACGGAUGCCUUACACCUCAUCCUGAGGCAAGAAUAAGCACCCGGGACAAGACUUCGGAAACUCGCUGAUGAUGGCGAGCUCCUUCCCGAGCGUGCUGUCCCCGACGGGCGGCGAGCGCGACCCGACUCUACCCGGGGACUCCCCGGUCAUCGUCAUCCCAAAAACCGCCGACACCGUCAUGAAGGUGCGGCACCAGAACGACAUCCAGAACCGCAGGCGUCAGGAGGCGGUGAAAUCGGCGCAGCUCCAGAGAGACGCCGUCAUCAAGUACCUGACAGCAGAGCAAAGGCGUCUUCAGGUGCGCCUUGCGCAGCUAAGGUCAAAGACCGCCGCGGUUACCGGGUAUCUGUCGGACGGGGGGACGCCGAGGACAGGUAGGAAGGCGCAAGGCCAUGUCCAGGAGCUGUUCAUUUCCCAGCCACAGCGAGGAACGACCGCUCUGAGUGAUCGGCCCAGGACCAGACAGAACACGUCUCCGCCCAGCACGGCACCCGCGCGGCCAGUUUGCGCCACAGCCAGAGACUUCACCACAAGGCAGCGUUUCAGCGCUGGGAAAGAGAACGAUCCGGUAACGCACGAAGGCACCCUUAGUUCACGAACGCAGUACCGAGACCACUACCUGGUCAGCACUCCGCCGAACAUCCGGCGCAGGAUCGUCGGACAGACCCGUUCCCUCGUGCCGCCCUCGCCGCUCGCCAGAACGACAUCUCAGUCAGCCGAAGAGGUACGGGCCGCCAACCAACCCCCCGGCAGCCCCGUGCCUAACGGUCUUCACCGGGCGAACUCUUCCGAUGAACAUCUGUACGACCCAGGCUCACCGAAAACGUCCCGGUUAUCCCCAACUGGUCUUGACGCUACAAAAAACUCGCCGACGACGUUUCCUCCCAUCCACGCGCACAAGUCUGCCAAGAAGGUGUCCGACACGGAAGCGUGGAGAAUCCACAACUUAGCGCGGGAGUACCUGAAACAGCCGGACCUUACUCUGUCACCUCCGCCACAUGGCCAAGAAAAGUGGGCCCACACACUGUCUUCUUACCAAACUAACGGAGGACAAGACGCCGACGCACCUUCACCUGCAAACGACGAUGCUGUGGAAGCCGGGAGCCAAGGACUGCGGCCGCCGCCGAUGUGUUUUGAGCUGCACUUCGGGUCUCCCUGGGAGCGUCCAGACUCGGGCAGGAGCUGCGGCUCUACCUUAAGCGCCAACGGUUCCUUCUACUCGGAGAUGAAUCAAGACGAGCUGUUGGUGCUACCUCGCAGCCGGGCGCUCGCCUAUCUCCACCCGAACACCUGUGUGCAGAUGAGACCGUCGGAAAUCGUCUCGAAGAUCGAGGUGGCGACGGGGAAGACGGGGAUCAUGGCGUGGCUGGGGGAGGGCUCGUCCGGAAUGGGCCGCGCCAUGAGGGAGACCGCACUCCGCAAGAAACACGAGUAAUGUCUUCAAGGUGUUCAUGUACUUCUAGUUAGGUACGGACGUAUAUCUUGCUUUUAUUUUAAGACAUUUCAAUUAAUUGUUGUUGUGAUUCACUAUUGGUAAAAUGUAGGUCAACAAACGUCCUGUCAAUAGUUACAAUGAUGUCCAUAGGUUAGCACUAUUUUUUGGGUCUUUUCGCUCCUUUUGUACGUAUUAAGGAAGCACAUUCUUAUUGGACGCUUUUACAGACAUACAUAUUGAGAAAAAAAA